AUGGCGUCGCGGCACCCGAAUGCUUCUCCGGCGCCGGCGGGGAAGGACUCGCCGCAGCCUGCCUCGCCGGCAACCUCGCCGCGGCUUGCGGCGGAGUUCCCGCUCGACGCGCCCGAGGCCAAGGAGAGCGUGACCGUUACCGUCCGCUUCCGCCCGCUCAGCUCGCGGGAGGUUCGGCUGGGGGAAGAGAUCGCUUGGUACGCGGAUGGGGACACCAUUGUGCGGAGCGAGCAGAAUCACAGCAUCGCUUACGCGUACGAUCGAGUCUUCGGACCAACUACAACAACCCGACACGUAUAUGAUGCUGCAGCUCUGCAUGUUAUUAGUGGUGCCAUGGAGGGAAUAAAUGGUACAAUAUUUGCAUAUGGAGUUACAAGCAGUGGGAAGACACAUACAAUGCAUGGAGAUCAAAGAUCCCCGGGGAUCAUACCUUUGGCUGUGAAAGAUGCAUUUAGUAUAAUACAAGAGACUCCAAACCGAGAGUUUCUUCUCCGUGUAUCAUACUUGGAAAUCUAUAAUGAGGUUGUCAACGAUCUUCUUAAUCCUUCAGGUCAGAACUUACGGAUUAGGGAGGAUCUUCAGGGAACAUUUGUUGAGGGCAUACAAGAAGAAGUGGUGCUGUCUCCUGCACAUGCUUUGUCCCUUAUUGCAGCCGGAGAAGAACAUAGACACGUUGGAUCCACAAAUUUCAAUCUGCUAAGCAGCAGAAGCCAUACAAUUUUCACACUGACAAUAGAGAGCAGCCCCUGCGGUGAAUCUAGUGAAGAGGAAGCAGUUACCUUCUCACAGCUGAACCUCAUCGAUCUGGCAGGUUCAGAGAGUUCAAGGGCUGAAACUACGGGAGUACGCCGGAAGGAAGGAUCUUAUAUCAAUAAAAGCUUGCUAACUCUUGGAACAGUGAUAUCAAAACUGACUGAUGGAAAAGCUACACAUGUUCCAUUUCGAGAUUCCAAAUUGACACGGUUACUACAGUCAUCCUUAAGUGGACAGGGACGUGUUUCUCUAAUAUGCACUGUUCCUCCAGCAUCAAGCAAUUCAGAAGAGACUCAUAACACGUUAAAAUUUGCCCACCGUGCAAAGCACAUUGAGAUUCAAGUAUCACAAAAUAAGAUUAUGGAUGAGAAGUCUUUGAUAAAGAAGUACCAGAAUGAAAUUCGCCAAUUGAAGGAAGAGCUAGACCAACUGAAAAGGGGUAUACUUUCUGGCGCUCCUUCAAAAGAUGCCACAGAAGACAAUGUCAUUCUUUGGAAACAGAAGCUAGAAGAUGGUAAUGUCAAACUCCAGUCUAGACUGGAACAAGAAGAGGCAGCUAAAGCUGCUUUGCUUGCGAGGAUACAACGCCUAACAAAGCUAAUCCUGGUUUCCACAAAAGCAACUCAGACUCCUAGAUUGUCUCAACGUCCUGGACCAAGGAGAAGACAUUCUUUUGGUGAAGAGGAGGAUUUGAUGAAACAGUUGAAGCUUCUUCCAAAGGGGAGAAUAAGAAUCGCAAAGGGCUUCUUAACUGGUUCAAACUUCGGAACUUUGCUUACUAACAUUUACACGCUGAACUGUAACCAGAAACAUGACGGUGGUUCUAAUGCUCCAAGCUUAGGUGGUGACCAAUCUAGCCUGAGGAAAGCAUCGACUGCCCCUUCGACACCCUUGGCGAAUGGACUUAAUUCUCAAACAGAGCAAGGGAUGUCUUACUUUUUGCUUCCUGAGAAUGUAUCAGCUAACCUGCUGAGCGUUGACCAUGAAGAAUUUCAUUCUGAUGGACUUCAUGGAGAAGAAGCUCCUUUGGUCACCAAAAAAACAUCAGAUCAUGUUGAUCUAUUGAGAGAGCAACUGAAGAUCCUGUCAGGGGAGGUUGCAUUACAUAAAAGUGUUCUAAAGUGCCUCAUGGAAGAAGCUGGAAGAAGCACAAUGAAUGGACAUAUCGAGAUGGAAAUGAAAAAGGUCACUGACGAGAUUAAGGGCAAGCAGCAGCAGAUAGCACAUUUAGAAAGGCAGAUUAAGAGGAAGCUUGACCAGUUAGAACACACACCGUCUCACGCUAAGCUACUGGAGCAGGUCAAUGAGAAAGCAUUUGAACUUGAGGUGAAGACAGCAGAUAACAGAGUAUUGCAAGACCAGCUACAGCAAAAGACAAGAGAGUGUCAGGCAUUACAAGAAGCAGUUGCCCACUUACACGAACAGCUUUCCCAAGCUCUCGAAGCUAAUGAUUUAUUGUCAGAAAGCAUCACAUUUCAGCAGUACACAGACAUCAGCCUUCAAAAUGGAUCGCAAGUUCACAAAGAAAAUCCAGCAUCUAUAGAUGUCUCUGAUGAACUGUAUCAAAAAGCCGAGCAGUCAGAGAUUGAUGAACUGAAGCAAAGAGUGUGUGAGCUCACUGAGGCCAAAGCUCAACUAGAGGCUCACAAUCAGAAGCUGCAAGAGGAAAGCAUGUACGCAAAAGGCCUGGCCUCGGCUGCAGGCGUGGAACUGAAAGCACUGUCUGGGGAGGUCACCAAACUCAUGGACCACAACAAGAGGCUCACGAACGAGUUGGCUUUAGCAAGAAAUUCAACACAACGACGAGUGAGCAAUGGUCAAAGGGUUGGUAGAAGGGAUAGCUAUAAUAAACGGCUUGACCCAGCUAGUAGAAGAGAUGUUCAUGCUAGCUAUGAGAGGGAACAAGCUCUGGAGGUCAUGCUUAUGGGGAAGGACCAAAGAGAGUUGGAGCUCCAGAAGAAAAUCGAGGAGUCGAAGCAGAAGGAAGCCUUCCUGGAAGGAGAGCUUGCGAACAUGUGGGUUCUUGUGGCGAAACUGAAGAAGGGUCAGGUAAUUGACCAAGAUGAUGUCAAUGCCAAACCCAGGAUCGUUAUUCAUGACCCUAGAGAGGAUCAUGACAGAAACAUUCAUCAAAUCGGCUGA